UUUCAACCUGCUUCACGUCUUGGACACCAUUGGCGUUUCCUUCAAGUGGCAUCAGUUGUACUAGUAGCAAUUGCAUCGGCAGCGGGCACCAUUUUAAUGAAGCUCCUGACCUUUCAUGAUUGUGCUUUGUAAGAAAGAAAACUGGCGAUCUGCCACAUACAGGAGGAGACAUGAUUCACGGCAGCUCCAGUUGCCCUCGGUGUUGUGCAACUUUUCAUGCUGCAUUAGACGAACGCCCAGCUUGGAUUGAAAGGGUGCGCCAGGUUGACGCUCCGAAACAGACUCCUUGGAGUAGCCACGUUCAGAAUGUAGAUGAUGUGGGUUCCAAAAGUGAAUGUGCCCAGGUUUCAGCCCAAAUCAGCCUCCGGUGUCCACGUUGUAAGGGCCAGCUGGCCUUUUGCGAGAUCUGCGAGAAGCCCCUCCCAGUUCCAGUGGAGACGGAAGGGCCUUCCAAGUGCAAGACAUGUGGCUACCCUGUUCACUUCCCCACGGAUACUGGCAUCACCGCAGCUCCGCAGAGACUUUCUGCUGAGCAGGUCAGGCGCAUCCAGCUGUCUCUCUGUGGCAGGAGGUCGUACUAUGCGACAAAGCAAGUUGAGCUUGGGCGCCUCAGCCAGGCAUACGCUGAGCUGCGGGCGCCAGCGACCACCCCACUACUGCUGGGGCCACCUUUGGGAGAUGGCCUGUCUCUUGGAGACAUCAAGACGCCUGACUUUAAGUCAUAUCUGGCACCGCACCCGGCCGAGCUUGGAGAUGGUGCUACAGUGUUCCCGUUACAUCGCAAGCGGAAGGAUGGCUCUCUGAGUGGUGCGUUGAAUGACAGCAACAAGAGCGCCACGCCUAGCAGUGACGAGAAGCGGAGCACAAGCUCCGACAUCCGUGGCCGGGGCGCCCCAACGCCCAUCACGUCUGUGUCUGCCUCGGGCCGCUUAUCGCACCCUCCCAUCAAGCGUCGGAAACUCGAGCUGCAACCCCCGCCCUGCACAGUGGCCUUGCAGGGCGGACACGGGGAAGAACAGCCACUAGGUCCGGGUUCCGGCAUCUCUCUGUCGUUCCGGUCUGGUAAGUCGGGCCACCCUUUCCAAGAAACAAACGUCGCGGCAGCUACCGGGAACACCCUUCGUGCGACAGAAGGGGUCGGAAACGAGGGGGUCCUGGGGGUGGGGAGCAGUAGUCAGGACCUUGAGCACCAUACCCCCCCAGAUGCAGCGGAAGAUCGGGUGGGUCAGGAAAAGGGCCUCGAGGAGCUGAGCAGCGGGGGGCACAGCAGGGUGAAUGCGCGGGUGGGGGACGACAGCGGGAGCGGGCAACAUGCAAGCCAGGAGCCGAACAUCGAAAGAUCGAGACCAGCGGAUGCUGUUAAGAUGGCACGUCGAGAAGAGUACGUCGGGAAGCCGAAGUCCAGGGCGGAAGCUGGGGUUGCAUCUGGAAGUGAGGACCCAAGCCUAGAAAAGCAGGGGAAAGGGGAAGCUCCGCGGUGUGCGUGUACGUGUAGAGAGGGUUCUGAGGCAGCAUGCCGGCCCUGCCGUCUGAGGGAGGUGGAGGCCGCUCUGGUGCUGUGCCGCUACCAGCUGCUGUGCCUCAAGUGCCCGGCUACCGAGGCGCAGGAGAGGGACGCACAAGCACGCCCCGCUUUUGACCUUGCGGACCUGGCGCUGCUCAGAGCACGCCUGGGGGCUCUUGCAACAGGGGGGGACAGCGAGCAGGGAGGCUGCUGCAAAGCUGUGCUGGAGGGGGCGGAGCGAUUCUUGGAGCAAAGGCCGGGUCUGCUCCAUCUCAGGGAGUUUUCGCAGGCAGCAGGAAAGGCGAGCCGGCGCAGCUGCGCAGACCUGGGUGCCUUCAGCCAGCAAUACCCCUCUCGCCCAUUGGCUGGCCUCCGAGCGCUGAAGUCACUCCUUGACGAGAGGAGCACUGAUGCUCACGCACGUGCCAGGGCUGCCACGUCACCGUUCAGGGGCCUCCUGGUGACCAUCUCCGACCAGGUCGAGGCCCUGCGGAGGUCCGGUGCGGCUGUCGGACAGUCAGGAAGUACGGGUGCGAGCGAGACCAUAGGCCGAUCGGUGUUCGCGGACCUGCAAGCGGUGGUUCGUGAAAGGGAAGCAGUAAAAACACUGCAGGAAGGAGAGCUGAGAGAACGGAGGCGAUUAAAAGAGAUUUGCGGGGACCUGAGAGAACUGUAUCGAACUAUCUGGUCAACCGUUGGAGGUUUGUAAUCCGUUUGUCAUCUUGCUCGCGGCCUUGCCAAGGCUCCGAGAAGCUUCAACGGACGUCUGGUCUGAUAAAUAUGUCAUGAGCUAG